AUGCCGGUUACUAGAAGCCACAGUAGCCGGAAGGAAGAGUCCAGUACCGCCGAAUCAAGCACGGUCUGCACAAGCAACACCGCGACGACGACUACGACUACGGGAAGCGGUGCGACUGAGACAUCCGCCACGACCACGUCGGCAGCGAACGCAAGCGCUACCGGAUCAGAGCGCCCUGCGACGCCGCCACCUCAGGAAACGAGCGUGGUCACUGUGGUGCGUCAAGUCACAUCGCAGCCAGCUACCUUACGGCCCCGGUCACAUCACUCCAAAGCCUCCCGCAAGAGAUUCCUCGCGGAAUUGGAGGCUAAGGAGCGGUUGGCCGAGGCGCAACAGAAGGAAGCACAAGCCGCCGCCGAACUAGCGAAGGUGAAGCUCAUGCGGAUACAAGCGGAGGACUCGUCCGACGAGGAAGACGAAGACAUCGUCGACAAGAGCGAGCGCAUCGAGCAGUGGGUGCAGGAGCAAUCCUCUAAGCCCCCGCCCCCUGCUCUCGCUCUAACAGCGGGCCAUGCAAGAGGCUCGUCCCCCGUGAGGGACCAGACACAGGCCCCUCCCACCCCGUGGAUACCUACGGAACCACGGGUCGUCGAGGCGCCGCAGCACGAAGAGCGCGCGCCUCCCGAGCGCCAACAAGAAAAGUCGUCGAGUGAAGACGUCACGCAGCUCGCCGCACUAUUCAAGAGUGUGCUGAGCGGUGGCGGCUACAGAGAGCCGCCACGGUACAUUCAAGAUCUACCUACGUUCAACGGAAACAGCAGCGAGUGGCUACCGUUCCGUGCGGCCUACCAUGAAACCGAGAAGUACUUCACGAAGAUAGAAAACGUCGCCCGCCUGAGAAAAAGCCUGCAAGCACUCAUACUCAACGAGCUCGACAAAGUGAAGAAACUACCGAAGCUAGCUGAGAGCCCACGUGACCUGUGCAUCUUCGCAAGCAAGCUGGCCAACAUCGUAGCUACGAUCGAAGCACUGAAGAAACCGCACUUCCUCUACAACCCGGAGAUCGAGCGCACUGCAAUAGAGAAGCUCACACCGAUUCUUCGUGACAAAUGGUACGAGUACAACUUCACGCGACAUGGAGAAGAAGCGAACUUGAAGAAGCUGUCCACCUACCUGAACCACGAAGCGGACAAGUGCGGCCCAUACGCCGCGCUCGAGCAGAUCAACAACAGCGCACCUACACCCGUGAGUGCGAGGGAGAAAGCUACGAAAAAGAAGACGGAACGUACCUACGCCGCCGAGAACACACACAAGGAAGAAGAGGACGGCUGCCCUAUGUGCAAACAGGCUCACAAGUUACCUGAAUGCACGAAGUUCAACGAGAAGACGACUGACGAGCGCUGGGAAAUAGCGAAGCAGAACAAGAUGUGCUUCCGCUGCCUACGUAGCACACAUCGCCGCUUCACGUGCAAAGCGAAGCCCUGCGGUGUCUCCGGCUGCAACCUGCGCCACCACAAGCUCCUACAUCAUGAAGCCGCGAAGAAAGAAGAGAAGCACGAAGAAGUCACCGCGUCCACGACAGAGAAGCCGACCGUCGCAGCGAACAAGAGCGAGCGCCGCCGCGCUUACUUAAAAAUAGCGCCCGUGGUACUUACUGGCCCUCACUCCAGUAUAGAAACCUACGCACUGUUCGACGAGGGAAGCACCAUCACGAUCAUCGACGCAGACGUGGCCAACACUCUCGGCCUCGACGGACCCACUGAUCCGAUGUGGGUGCAAGGAGUCAGCGGCAAAGAAGUUCGACACUCGAAGAGCAAGAAAGUCGACUUCACCAUACGGGGCAAGCACGCACAAGAAGAGUUCAAGCUUGAAGACGCACGCACAGUCGAGAAGCUCGACUUCAUCACUCAGACGGUGAAGAAAGAAGAAGUCGACGACUGCAGCCACCUGAGCGACAUCCAAGAAGAACUCGCCUACGAGGGGGCAUCGCCGAAGCUGCUCAUCGGCCAGGACAACUGGGACUUAAUUGUCUCGAGGGAAGUCCGAGACGGCCGCCGCGACCAGCCUGUGGCAUCUCGCACACAGCUCGGCUGGGUACUGCACGGCUGCCGCACCACACAGAGCAAACCAAUCAACUUCUGCGGACACGUCACGAGCGCUGAAGAAUCAAUGGAGAAAAUGAUGAAGCACUACUUCGAGCUGGAGUCCCUGGGCAUCGAAGCAAGAAAACCGACGACAGAUCCAGAAGAGCAAGCCACGAGAAAACUGGAAGAGGAAAGUCGCCGGCUGCCCGAUGGUCGCUUCGAAACUCGGUUGCUAUGGAAACAAGAAAAUGAGAAAAUACCUAACAACCGUCAAGACGCACUGAAACGACUCUGCAGCCUCGAACGCAAGCUCGACCGUGACCCAGAACUCAAGAAGAAGUAUGAAGAGCGCAUGGAGAAUAUGCUGAAGUCCGGAUACGCCGAGCCCGCCACCACACUCCCGACGCAAGACAGAACGUGGUACCUGCCGCACUUCGCCGUCUGCAACCCCGAGAAGAAGAAGAUACGACUGGUGCACGACGCCGCAGCGAAGUCACAUGGACGCAGCUUGAACGACAUGCUGCUGACCGGCCCCGACCUGCUUCAGUCACUCCCUGGGGUGGUCAUGCGGUUCAGGCAGCACCCCUACGCAGUCAGCGCGGACAUCAAAGAGAUGUUCAUGCAGAUACGCAUCAAGGAGUGCGACCGAGACGCGCUGCGCUUCCUCUGGCGCGGCAACCGGCGGGAGGGUACACCAGACGAGUACCGCAUGACGUCCGUCAUCUUCGGCGCAUCAUCAUCACCGUGCACAGCACUCUUCAUCAAGAACAGAAACGCCAGAGACUUCGCCGACACGCACCCCGAGGCCGUCCGAGCAAUCGAGAAGAACCACUACAUGGACGACUACCUGCAAAGCUUCACGUCGGUGGAGGAGGCCCAGCACGUCACGAAGACAGUCGACGAGAUACAUCGACAAGCGGGUUUCGAACUACGCGGAUGGGCAUCGAACGAGCGACGAGUACUACGCGAUCUCGUCACCGACGCCGAGACAGCUACGAUCGACAUCGGCGGGAGCGAAAUAGAGAAGACACUCGGCCUCAUGUGGCACGUACACGAAGACAAUCUCGGCUUUCGUCUUAACACUCAUAAGACGCCGGCUGAGGUGCUACGAGGGGACCGUCCGCCGUCGAAGAGAGAAGCACUCAGCGUGAUCAUGUCGCUCUACGACCCGCUCGGCUGGAUCUCGCCCGUGACUACGCCGGCCAAGAGAAUAAUGCAAGACUCAUGGCGCUACGGGACCGGCUGGGACGACCCUAUUCCCGAGGAACUGCAAGGCAGAUGGCACAACUGGCUGUCCAACCUACAAGCGCUACGAGAGCUACGAAUUCCGAGGUGCUACGACUACGAGCCGACUGCUACGCGAGAACUACACACAUUCGUCGAUGCAAGUGAAGAGGCAUAUGUCGCAGCCGCCUACUGGAGAAUACAACGAGCAGACGGCAGCGUGAAGAUCACACUAGCCAUGGCGAAGAGCAGAGUGGCACCAAUCAAGCCUACGUCGAUACCGCGGCUGGAACUACAGGCUGCGGUACUCGGGACUCGCAUCUCGAACACAACUCGAUCAGAACACGAUUAUGAAGACAUCACGAGAAGAGUGUUCUGGAGCGACUCACGGACGGUGCUGGCGUGGAUACGAGCUGAGCCACGCACAUUCAAAACCUUCGUCGCUCACAGGCUCGCUGAAAUCGAGGAGUCAACAAAGAAAAGCGAGUGGAGAUGGGUACCUACCGCUGAAAAUGUCGCCGACGACGCAACUCGAGCCACGCCGCACGACUUCGACGCGCAACACCGCUGGUUCAACGGGCCCGAGUUCCUGCGGCACACUGAAGAACACUGGCCCACGGAGAACAGGGAAGAAGUACCCAAGACCGGCGAGGAGAAGGAGAGCUGCGCCGUCGUGUCGCUCGGACACGCCCACCUGCCGGACAUCGAGCGAUUCUCGAGGUGGACACGACUCAUACGUGUUACCGCUCGAGUACUACAGUUCGCCAGCCUGUGUCGUGCCAACAAGCACGCCACUCACGCCGCACGACGCAAGAGAACAAGAGAAAAUGCACCUCAAGACGGCGAGUGGAAGAACACAGCAAGAGCACCGACAACGAACACGAAAAAGAAGCACGAAAACACUCCACGAAGAAAGUACAAGACAGUCGCGGCGGAACACCUAAUUCACGCCGAGCGACUAUGGAUCGAGUUUUCACAACGAGAAUGCUUCGACUUCGCGCACACUGGGACGCAUCACUGCCACGUGCCGACGCCGGGGACCUUCAGUGAAGAGGACGACCACGCACGACAGCACUGGAGACGAGCUCAACGGCUGGCAGACGUCUUCUGGCAGAGGUGGAUGCAGGAGUACCUACCGCUACUCCAACACCGGCGGGAGCCUCACAGCACCGGCAGCCAACCGAAGAUCGGCGACCUGGUCAUCGUGUGCGACUCCAACAACCCGCGCAACACCUGGCCCCGAGGACGAGUCACAGCUGUCCAUCCAGGGAAGGACAACAUCGUGCGAGUCGUCGACAUCACUACGAGCAACGGGCACGUGCUGCGUCGACCAACGAAGAGGAUCGUCGUGCUGCCAAUAGAAUCGCAAGAUAGCGACGGCGGGAGAAUGUUCACGACGAAAAUACCUAGGCUAAGAAGAUUAGAUUAA